AUGUCGUGCGCAGAUCCACCACUCCACUUGGACGAUGAAAGCCUUGCUCUCCAUAUCCAGCUCAAAGAAGUCCAAGGCCAGCGCGAACAUCAAUCCGGAAAAUGGGUCGAGGGAAAUCCUCCAGAUUAUGCCAUGGCAUUCGAAAUGUUCGAAAAUGAGGUGAAUGAGGCCAUUGCGCUGGUCCAAGACAUGAGACUUGCGCAUAGUAUUGCCAUGGCAGUUGAUUCUGAUGCUGUCGCGAUCGAACUCUUGGCUGCUGAAGAGGCGCGUAUUGCCCAGGAUCGGGAAUAUGCCCUCAGCCUAGACGAAGAUGGGGGUCCUGCCCCUCGCAAUAACGCUACCAAUCUCGAUGUGUUGAACCCCAGGGGAGAAGUGAUUGACUGGGACUUCGUCUUCGAGUCCGCUGCUCCUGUAGUCAAAACCUGGGCCACCAAUAGCACUGUUGCGGGUCCCUCGGGGCAGUACGUUCAUCACCAGCAGGCUGCUCUGCAAGGCUUACCCAAUAUCAAAGUUGGAUGCAUUAUCUGUGGAGAUGAUGUUCCACCAUGGGCCAGUGUACAGUUAGAAUGUGAAGACAUAUACUGCAGGCCAUGCCUCAGGGCCUUCUUUCUACAGGCUGCCAAAGAUGAAAGCCUUUUUCCACCCCGGUGUCACCGCCAGCCGAUCGACUUGUCCAUCGUCGAGUCGGACCUCUCCAUUGAUGAGUUGAACAUGUACAAGGAAGCGGAAGCAGAAUUCAGCAGCAUUGACAGAGUCUACUGUGCUGUUCCAGAAUGUGCAAAGUACAUCCCAGCGAUGCAACGAAACCCGGAUUUUGCAUCUUGCGGAGCUUGCGGUGUUGAAACCUGCAUGUAUUGCAAAGGUCUAGCGCACGAAGGAGCCUGUCCAGACGAUGAGGUACGGCAGAGCCUCCUCAGGUUUGGAAAACAGCAAGGCUGGCAAUCCUGCUCUAGAUGCGGUCAAAUGGUCCAUCGAUAUGAAGGCUGCGAUCACAUGACCUCUCCGCGGAGUCGAACUGACGAGCUCUCUACAGCUGCAGGUGCCGUUACGAAUUCUGUUAUAGGUGUGGCGUGGAGUGGAAACAUUGCCCAUGCGGCGAUUGGGAACCAGAGCUCCUUAACCAGAGGGCUCAGCAAGUUGUCGACAGAGAAGCCCAAUGGCCUCUGGCUCCUGCUGCCCGUCUGGAGGGCUCAGCACCGCGCCGCGGAUACCGUUGUGAGGUUUGCCAUGGUCGCCAUUACAAGUAUAUCCUCUCAUGUAAACGUUGCCAUUUACUGGCAUGCGAAGACUGCCGGCGCCACAGGAUCUAAAAGACAUAUUAUGCUAUAUGCUCUUAACUACACUCCGUAA